ACCAAUCUGCAUCUUCAUCCAUUCACAAUAACAAGGCGUCCUGCUGGCCAUGACGAGUGUCUGGAGCGCGCACGUGACCAAGGAGGGGCGGACGUACUACUACAACCGCAGCACCAAGCAGAGCGCAUGGGAGAAGCCCGCUGACUUUGACGGUGAAGAGCCCAGCGCCGCUUCAGCGGCCCCAUCGUCGUCCAAGAAGGCUGAAUGGGAGGAGCUCUGGGACCCCAAGAACGAGCGCGCCUACUACUACAACCGCGCGACGCGUAAGACCCAAUGGCAGCGACCCGAGGGUGUUGAAAUCAAGCCUCACGCUGGAGCCACAGAGAAGCACAGGCACCACAGCAAGACCAAGAAGAGCGAGGAGGCCACUAAUAAGGACGAGACUGCGGAGUCUGAGGAGACUCAGAAUCAGAGAGUUGAAGUCAAGAAUCAGACUCAAGAAGAAGAAGAACUUGCACAAGAAACAACGACCCACUCAAAGAAGAAGAAAAAGAAAACCAAGAGAGAAAAGGUGGAGCACGUACCGGUCGAGAGCCAGAGGAAGAGACGUCGACAGGACGAGAAGAGACUCAUUAUCUGGGACGACGAGGAGCAGGACCAUGAUGCUACUAAAGAUAUUGAAGAGAAAGACACGGAGGACGGCAAAGAAGCUACCAGAUUGUUGCAAGAGCUGUCCAAGACUGACGCUAUCAUGGAGGCCAAUGUAUUGGCUGUAAUUAACGGUUUCCUGAGAGCUCAUACCGAAUCCAAUGGCCCUGAAAUUCUUGUGGAGAAGCUGUCGUCGUCGUACCGCGGCCAUGCGCAGAUGAUUGGACUUGUUGCGUCCUGGUUGGACACUUUACCAGUCUCUACAACGGCGUUGGAGAACAAAAUGACAUUCGAUGUGAACGAAGGAGCGGUGAUUGCCAAUAAAGGCGCGUCGUGGGACCCAGCGGAGGAAAUUCUGUACAAUCAUCUGAAAGAUAUGAUCAACGAGAACUACGACCCCAAACUCGUGUCGAAUGUACUGAGUGGGUCCGCAAUGGAGCCGGAGUGGCUGACCCAAAUGCUGAACGACCGAAAGUGGCGACUGAUGCUGAUUGAACUCGCGGAAACGCACAAGACGUGUACGUUGCUUCAGUAUGCAAUUCGGCGCAUCUCGGAAGCAGGUCAUCACAAGGAAAUCGCAUCUAUCACCAGUGCAAAUGCGUUCUUCCCGGUGUUUAGUGGGGUUCUAUUGGAUGCCUUCAGUCGAAUUCCAUUUGCUAACGAAGAAGAAGUAGUGGAGGACAUUGCAGCCUUGAAGAAGGUUUGCUGCCAGUCUUCGCACUCGUACGUCUACGCACAAGAACUGCUCUGCUCGAUGGACGACAAGUUGUACUUGAUGCAGAAAGAUGCGGUUGUUACUAGCGCCGAGUACACGCACAUUCGUAUGGUACGUUCGAAGUUGAACCGUGUACAUGGAGAGCUCCAGGAAACAGCCAGCAGUAGAUUUGGAGCGAAGAUUGUUCCGUUCCACAUUUUGCGUCGCCGAUACAUUUACGACUCGAACUCGAAGUUCUGUGACGCGAUCCUGUCGAUCGUGAAGACGAAGAAGUGUUUGGAAUUGAGUGCAGAGGUGUUGGCAAAGGAAUAUCAAACGUCCAAGACGCCACCACCCGUAGCUCACCUUCGAGACCCCAUGGUACGAUCACGCUUCUUUGGAGGGCGUCAGAUGACUGGUGUAGUAACUUUGGUUAACGUUGUGCUAGGUCCUGUCAAGUCUGCUAGAUCGACUGUUCAAUCCUUCGGACUCGAUCUCGCCGGCAUUCGUUCAGAACUGCGUGUUUCUGUUGGCUUAUGCCGCGUCCACGAAGGACGAACGGAGUUUACUGCAAACAGGAGUCCAGGGAUCGUCGAAUCAGGUCGAAGUUGACGAUGACGGCGUUGAAUCUACAAAGAAAGCUCUGGUCGAGGCGUCAGCAAUCUGCAAGUCGGACCACACUCUUGGUUACAAUAUGAAUCAAUCGGGAGUAGUGGAUAAGCUGAUCUCGGUGAUGUCCGUCCCUGUCGUGUCCAUGGGUGUGUUGCACUGGCUGGAGGUUCUCCUCACAUCUCCAGGGUUCUUCAGCAGUACACCACUGCACAUUUGCUUCCCCAGUUUGCUGCGAAUACUGAAGGCUUCUAUUAAGCUCCACGUUGCUCAGUGGCCGAUCUCAUUUGGUGUAUUGGUGACGUCGUUGCGACUGCAUCCUGACGUGAACCCAGUGAAGGCUUUGGAGCUGAAGAGAGAAACACUUCGAUGUAUGGUGUUCAUGAUCACGAGUGGCUACGUGUUGCCUGUACUGGAGUUUGUGUUCACGAACACUUUGGAACUUGAUCAAGCGCUAUUGCGAAACUUUAUCACGAUGCUGUUUGCACGUAUCGCUCCGCCGUUUUCGCCCAAGUUUUCUGUGGCUUUGACUAAAAUUCUGACACACCCGAAGGUGCAAACUGCUAUCAAGUCGUGUCCACCCGAGAGCAGGAUGAAGCUGCGAGGGUUUGUGAGUUUCUGUAAGAAGAACCAAAACGUGUUGUCGUCGGAUCAGUUGCAUUCACUUACGGUCAUCCAGGAAGGAAGAGAUUAAAUACAGCACAAGUGUGAAUACAUGUAUUGAUUCAGGAUCAACAUGAAAGGAGUUUUGAGAACCAGAUGAGCUCAAAGCGGCAUGGCCUUGUCCACGAUUUCUUUCGGGACGCCUGCGCUCAAGCACUCGUGACGCGAGAUGAGCUUCUCGCGCGUGGUUCGAAUUUCCUCUCGCUUCUGUUCACCUUCCACUUGGCAUUUGGCCAGGUCUUUCUGCCGUUGGAUCUCGCAGUCAACAAGCCGCUGCUUCCCUUCUUUACCCAUGAACGAAACGUGUUUGGCUUCUUGGGUAUCAAACAGUCCAAUCGCUCUACGCGAAAACAUUUCAAGCACAUUACUGGUGUGUCCUUGUGCGGUAUGAUGGACAAACGCUGUGUCCGAGGGAAGAGGGGACAAGUCAGGUUGUUGGCUUGAACUAAAGUCCACUAUUUCUUGCACCCGAUAACUUGGUUCGUCCGUGGCUCGCUGUUUCUUGGGCGGCGUUUUUUCUUCACUGUCGGUCGCCGAUCGCUUCAGAGUGCCAGGUUGUCCACCGUCCGCUAUUCCGAACAGUGGUGCCAAGUUGUCGUAGUGUGGAUAGCGCUGGCGGACUCCGUCCUUGACCUUCUGAGUGGCUGCGCCACUGUGAUAAGCAGCAUAUUGUCCAGCCUUCGAGAGCCAUUUGUCCACAGCCUUGCAUUUGUUCUUCAUGCGGGAGAUUUUAUGGUCGACAGCAUCCGCGUUGCGAGUGAUCCCAUGCGUGCUAAGGUCUCGAACGAUUUCCUCGCACAGCUUCUUGUGAGACUCGGAUUGCCAGCGUUUCUGAUUCUCAGGGGUAAGCAACCAGCGCAAAAGCACAUCUUCUGAUGUCGGUCCCCCGGGAGUGGCGCUAUCGGCGUCCCAGUUCACCAUGAAAAUUGCAAUAUCGCUUAGGACAAGUUUCAACGAACUACCCGUUUGAACACUAACGGGCCCAAGAGAAACAAACUUAACGCCUUGUCGCUUUUACUCAAAGAGCGCCAAAGAAAAAGCAGUAAAAGAAUCUAACGCUGUGGAAAUGGACAGCUUUGAAGGAGACUAAGAGCUACUUGACGUACAAGAAAUCUUUGCUUGUGCCUCUGCUAGCGGCAAGGCAAAGUCGAUGUCCUCACUUAGGACGCCUUCUUUCUGCAGCUCGUAUCUCGCUUUAGUCACCUCCACCCGGUAUCUCAUAAUAUUAAUGCUUUGCCUCAGUUGCUCGUCGGACUUGGCCAUCGCUUUCUGCUUCUUGGCGUUCGUUGCUCGCAUCGCCAAUCCACCUCGCGAAGCUUCUUGCCAGUCUCAAGCACUCUCUCGCUGCUCUUUUGCGUGUGGUUUAGCAUCACCUCCCCAAAUUUCUGCUGCAACGCCGGUGGAAACUCGGCCACACGAAAACUCUGCUCAAAGCAAUUGGAUCCCAUGGCACCGUAAGGCACGACCUUGCGCACGGAGUCGAUGGCACUUGGCUCCGACUUGUUCUUCAUGUCGCCGACAUCCACUUCAGCCGCAUCAUGACACGGAUCUUAGUUGUCUGCCUUGCGAUUGUUGCUCGUAGAAUGUUUCGUGGUCGACAUCUUUUUGCUCGUGGUUCUUGUUUUCGUUCUUGCCAUUUGCGGCCCAAGCACAGGAAGGAACUCGCAGAAUAGAGGACAUUUGGCUAGCAUUUUUGCCAACGUGUAAGGAUUUCGUUCGCAC